UUUUCGGAUUCUCGGCUCGGUGCCUGCUGCGGGUCGUCGCCGCGCCGCCUGCGCCGUCACCAUGGUGAAGCUGAGCAAAGAGGCCAAGCAGAGGCUGCAGCAGCUCUUCAAGGGCGGCCAGUUUGCCAUCCGCUGGGGCUUUAUCCCGCUCGUGAUUUACCUGGGAUUUAAGAGGGGUGCCGAUCCUGGAAUGCCUGAACCAACUGUUUUGAGCUUACUUUGGGGAUAAAGGACUGUUUGGUCAUCGGGAUUUGGAAGCAGUCAAUGGACAGUAGCAACAUGGAAGGUGUGCGCUCGGCUGGGAUAACAGAUGGGACAUCGUUCCAGCGUUCACCAAAUGAAUGGCACAGGUCUCGUCUCAGAUGCAACUAUCGCAGAGUGGAACCUCUACUGAUUUAUUUAUGGUAGACUAUCAAAAUAAAUGUUUUUAACAAUG